CCGCACCUUUUCAUGCGCCUGCUACCCUCCUCACGCGUCAAUUCACAUCGCUGGCCACGUCAACACCACCAUGGACGACAAGCGACUCAACGACCUUCUCCGCUGGAGCAUCGAAAACUCGGAUGCCUCCAAGAAUGACCCCACGGCGCAGCCCCCCACCGAGGGCAGCACCCAGCUCACGCCCGAAGUCAUGGCCGCGCUCAUGGGCGGGCCUUCGGACGCCGACCUCAUGAAGGCCUCAAUGGAGAUCAUCUCGGCGCCCCUGUCGCAGGACGUUUCCCUCGAGGACAAGCUCAUCGCCUUCGACAACUUCGAGCAGCUCAUCGAGGGCCUCGACAACGCCAACAACAUUGCCAACUUGGGCCUCUGGACCCCACUGCUCGAGCAGCUGGCCGCCGAGGAGCCUGAGCUGCGCAAGAUGGCGGCCUGGUGCAUUGGUACCGCCGUGCAAAACAACGAGCGCACGCAGGAGCGGCUCCUCGCCGUUGGUGGCUUGCCACCGCUGGUUGGCCUUGCCACCAAGGAUGCCGAGAAGGAAGACGUCAGGAAAAAGGCCAUAUACGCUCUGAGCUCGGCGUGCCGGAACUACCAACCCGCCAUGGAUGCCUGCGCUGACGAGCUGUCAAAGGUGGGCCAUGAGACGGGCAAUGUGGACGCCACGAGCAUGGAGGCUGUGGACGAGGUUAUGAAUGCCUUGCGUGCAAAAUCCAAGGCUGCCUAAACGACGGUCCUCGGGACACACGAAUGCAUUGGGCGGAGUUGAGGCGUUGCGGACCAGCUGUGAAGACGCAUGGGGUCCGCCCGUGAUUUCUUUCUGAACAUUUUGGGCAGUUAUGGUACAUUGUUUUACAUGAUCUAUGCCACAUGAAACUUUGCGGCCAGUCGGCCGCCCCCGAAC